UGUACGCGUGCGCGCUGCACUCUUCUCACAGCGCUGGGGACGCGGCCUCGCGGACUUAACCUAGCGCAGUCGAAGAACGCGCUCCUGCACGUGUCUCCAGGUGCACCAUGCCGCUCCGCUAAUUCGCCACCCUUACUCCAGUUUGUUUAUUUUUAUCUGUACUUUUUUACUAUUCGUGUCAAUCGUGAGAACAAUCAAUGAGCUGUUUGCCGUCCUGAAGUUCUCAACAGGAAAAUCUUCCAACACGAGCGAGGCGGCUGUGUGCUCUGGUGCCAAUGGAGACAACAGAGGGCAGUAAUGGGGACCCGGCACGAGACGAAGACGAGGCGCUCUGGGAGAAUGUGGAGAGCAACCGCUACAUCCUCAGUCGUUACAUCAACCCCAACAAGCUGACCCCGUACCUCCGCCAGUGCAAGGUCAUCGACGAGCAGGAUGAGGAUGAGGUGCUUCACUCCUACAUGCUGCAGUCCAGGGUGAACCGUGCAGGCCGGCUGCUGGAUAUCUUGCACACUAAAGGCCAGCGGGGCUAUGUGGUGUUUCUGGAGAGUCUGGAGUUCUACUACCCUGACCUAUAUAAGCUGGUCACGGGAAAGGAACCAACAAGAAGGUUCUCCACUAUAGUGGUGGAGGAGGGUCAUGAGGGCCUGACACAGUUCCUUAUGAAUGAGGUGAUCAAGCUACAGCAGCAGGCCAAGGCCAAGGAUGUACAGCGUGUGGACAUCCUGGGUAAACACCGUACUCUGGAGGAUGAGCACAGGAAGCUGAGGCUUGCCAACCAGGAGCUGCUCGCCUUCCAGGAGCGCUACAACAAAAUGAAGGAGGAGCGCAACCACAUCAACGAUGAGCUCAGUAAGGUGAAGGAUGAUAACUACAACCUGGCCAUGCGUCUGGCGCAGCUGAGUGAGGAGAAGAACAUGGCUGUGAUGAGGAGCCGCGACCUGCAGCUGGAGAUUGACCAGCUAAAGCACAAUCUCAACAAGGUUGAGGAAGAGUGCAAAAUGGAAAGGAAGCAGUCCCUGAAGCUGAAAAAUGACAUUGAGAAUCGACCUCGCAAGGAACAGAUCAUUGAGUUGGAGCGAGAGAACGAAGUCCUGAAGAUGAAGGUUCAAGAGCUGCAGUCUAUCAUACAGCCUGGAAAGCAGGGGUUGCCAGACUCGGAGAAGGCCAUUGUAGACAUCUUGGAACAUGACCGCAUGGAGGCACUUGAGGACCGGCAGGACCUGGUCAACAAGUUGUACAACCUCCGUGAAGAGGUGCGGCAAACUGAGGAGCUCAGGGACAAGUACCUGGAGGAGAAGGAGGACCUGGAAUUGAAGUGCUCCACACUAGUGAAAGACUGUGAGAUGUACAAGAACCGCAUGAACACCAUUAUGGUCCAGCUAGAAGAGGUUGAACGGGAGCGGGACCAGGCUUUCCGCUCCCGUGAUGAGGCCCAGAGUCAGUUUUCCCAGUGCUUGAUUGACAAAGACAAGUAUCGAAAGCAGAUCCGUGAUCUGGAGGAGAAGAGUGAUGAGCUGCACAUUGAGAUUGUGCGCAAGGAGGCCAAGAUUGUUAACCUGGAAGCAAAACUGAGGCGACUGUCUAAGGAGAAUGGCCUGGACCAGAGUUUACCUCGAGACAUUCCUUUGACCAUCAUAUCCCAGACCUUUGGUCCUCAGGACCCCAAAAGAGACGGUCAGGAUGACGACUCAGGGGAAGACUCUCCUGUGGACAGCAAGUUCUUCCUUCCAGAUACACCCUUCAGACGUCGUCCUAACCUCAAAGGAGGGAACAUUAGAACAAAGUCACCAGUCACAGCACCCAGACUUCCAGACCUCCAAGCAGCAGUGCCUCCUGCAGACCUGUCGGAGACAGCCAGCACGGACACCAGCUCUGUGGUCACCACCUCCACCAGCUGCAACACACCGGUCACGCCAGCUUGUGCCGGAGAACUCUACAACAAAAUUCAGAUGAAGUUUCGCAACGACAGCAUCAUGUCAACUGCCCCGGAGCCACCCGGGAAUGAUUCCAUAGUCAGGCGGAACAAAGAAGGAGAGUAUGAAAGCUUUCCAAGAAGCAUAUGCGACUUUGAGUCUGACAGUGGAGAAAUGGAAAUUGGAGAUGAAGACUCAUCUCAUGGGCCUCCCUCCAUCCACUCGUCAUCCUCCUCCCACCAGUCUGAGGGCUUUGAGUCCUAUGAUCUGGAGCAGGUCAACAACAUCUUCCGGAAGUUCUCCCUGGAAAGGCCCUUCCGGCCCUCCCUCAAUUCAUUGACCCACCUUGUCAGCACCCUCCGCCCGGUGCAAGAUGUGUCCCUACCCGGAGACACCUUCUUGUCUGAUGUCACUCUGGUGGGGGGUAAUGAUAGUGGCAUCUUCAUCUCCUCGGUGCAGCCAGGCUCCCAUGCAGAAAAGGCAGGUCUGCGGGAGGGACACCACUUACUAAUGCUGGAGGGCUGUGUUCAUGGUGAGAACCAGAAGGUUCCACUGGACACCUCCACUAAGGAGGAGGCCCACUGGCAGUUACAGAGGUGUGCGGGGCAGAUCCAACUGCACUACCGGUCCAACAUCGACGGCUACAGGAAACUGCAGCGGGACAUGGAGGAGGGCACUGUGGUGUCUGGGGACUCAUUUUACAUCCGGCUGAACCUCAGCGUGGGCCCAUCGGACAACUGCUCGCUGGCAGUGCGCUGCGAUGAGGUUGUACAUGUGCUUGACACCAUGCACCGCGGCAAGCAUGAGUGGCUUUGUGCCCGCGUGGACCCUUUCACUGAGAAGGACCUGGAGAUGGGUACAAUCCCCAGCUACUCUAGGGCCCAGCAGCUCCUGCUGGUCAAGAUCCAGAAACUGUUCUGCCGAGGGAGCAGGGACGAGACAGAAACCCUGCGUGGAUUUAGGAGCACAUUGCAGCCUGAGGAAUCGCUACUCCCUCCAGACCCCAAAUCCAGCCCCCGACUUUCCCGUGCAAGCUUCUUCAUCUGUCAGUUCCUGCAGCUUGUGAGCAGGACUGAAAACAAAUAUAAGAGAAUGAACAGCAGUGAGAGGGUCCGCAUCGUGAACGGGGCAAGUUCCACGCUUCCCCGACAUGGGUUUGAUACACUGAAGUCAGAGGACUUGGAGACAGAGAACGACCUCAACAGGAGCUUGAACCUGAUCCCAUAUAGUCACGUGACACCGUGCCACUGCCAGCGGAAAAGGCCUGUCCUCUUUGCGCCCAACAUUCUGGCCAAGACCAUUGUGCAGAAGUUCCUCAACUUGGGAGGAGCCAUGGAGUUUAACAUAUGCAAGCCAGAUAUCCUGACUAAGGAGGAGUUUCUUAUGAAGCAGAAGAUAGAGCCAAUUAUUUAUUACAAGGAGAAGCAUGCCAACACAUUUGAGUGCAUCACUCCCGAGAACAUUGAGGCAGUAGCUGCAAAGAACAAACACUGCCUUCUGGAAGCUGAUGUAAGCUGUGUCAAAGAUUUGCUCAGAAGGGAAAUAUAUCCUAUUAUCAUCUUCAUCAAAAUCAGCGAGAAAAACAUUAGAAAAUUAAGACGAUUCCCGCUGAAAGUGGAAUCGGAGGAAGACUUCCUCAAGACGUGCCGGUCCAAGGAGAAGGAACUCGAGGGCCUUCCUUGCCUCUACUCCUUUGUAGAACCUGACUCGUGGAAUGGGAUAGAGGACCUUCUGAAGGCCAUUAAGGACAAAAUUCUGGAGGAACAGAAGAAGACCAUCUGGGUGGAGCAGGACCAAAUCUGAUGGAUGCUGAGUGGGCCAGUGCAGGAACCAUGAGGGCAUCCAACUGCUGUGUCAGUAGAGCCACCAGUUUUCCAAAAGCCACACUAGUCUCCCUUAACUGAAAGGCAAAUUGAAAUGCAGCACAAAUAGCGCACAGGAAGCAAAGCGGCCUGGGAUACGCGCACUAUGGUCCAAGAGGAGGGUGGACAAUGACUUCCCCGCGAGUGAGGACUGAACCCAUUGCACGCAAGCAAACUGUACUGAGUUGAGCUUCACUUUGCUCAGGCUGCAGCCGAUCCCUCUUUCCUCUGAGCUGUGGACCUGUCAGUAGAAGCACGUUCUUACUAUAGUCGCCUCUGGAAAACAGUCAGUGGGAUGCCUCCCUGGGAUGUCUGCGUGGAGCGUCAUGCAACAGGCUCUUGGGCUGCACAGAUCUUCCAAACACAUAACAAUGGGACAAAGAGUGAAAGGGAAAGGCAAAGGCAAAGCAAAAUGUAGAAAAAUGGCUUGUUGCUGCAGCCACUUUACUUGCUUGAUGUUUUCAGUAGCUUUUAACAGUUUGUUAUGGAAUUGUGAUGUUUGUUCUAUUUCACUUUGUUGUAUUUAUUUUAUAAUAGUGAUUUUUUUUUUUUUUUUUUUUUUUUAAACAGAGGGUUUAGCUGAACCACUGUAUCACGCUGCCGGAGAAAAUAUUUAUUACUCAUCUAUGAACAAUUUUCACAUGAAUAAUUCAUAACAUAGUCAUUAAUAUGGUUUUAGCUUACAUGUGAUUUUAUGUAAUGAAUAUAUUAAAGAAAAUUCAAUAAUGUUAGGUUGGUUGAUAGUUUUGCAGGACAAAUUACAGUGUAUAUGUACAUGUCUUUCAGUAUUUUGGGGACUUCACUUAAUAGUUAAAUUAGUAAGGAAUACACAAUAUUAAUUAUUAAAAUGAAUAUGCACAAUGAAUUAAGAGAAACUGGCAAAGAGCUAAUUUUGAUCUCUAGAUGAGGAUUUAACCGAUUCUGUUUUCUAAUUCUUUAACCACUGCGCACCUGCAAAACAUUCAGCAAUUCCUGUGCGGUAGAAUCAUGAACAGCAAAGGUAACACUGUCAUUUACACUUAUUCAUUUAGCAGAUGCUUUUCUCCAAAGUGACAUAGGUCUCUUAGAAAAUACAAUUUGUGCAUUACUUUAAGAGAAACUGACAUAGCUGCAGAUGUGAUUCUUAAGGUGUUUCACCGUAUGCACUGAUCUUUCACACAAUUAGUUGCAUAAAACUAUACUAGAAUAUUGCUGAUUCGUAAUCACCUUUGUACUUUUUUUUCCCCUCCUCGAU